AGCAACUUCCUUUUCCCGUUUGCUCUGCGUAAGGUUCGUUUGAGUUUUAUGUUACAUUUUAAUACCCAAGUGUUUUAAUUUAAUCCUCAAUGAUUUCAGAACCAAAAUGGUGCAGAGAUUAACAUAUCGACGUCGGCUCUCCUAUAACACAAAGAGUAAUAGGAGACGCGUUGUGCGUACCCCUGGAGGAAAAUUAGUAUACCAAUACCUUAAAAAACCGAAGAAAAUUCCCAGAUGUGGUCAGUGUAAAGAUAAAUUAAGAGGCAUUCAACCAGCUAGACCUAUGGAAAGAUCACGAAUGUGUAGGCGAAAGAAGACUGUGAAACGAGUAUAUGGUGGUGUCCUCUGCCAUAAAUGUGUCAAAGAGAGGAUUGUUAGGGCUUUCCUUAUUGAAGAGCAGAAGAUCGUCAUAAAGGUGAUGAAAACACAAGCUUUCGCCAAAUUAAAGAAAGCAGAAAAGUAAUUAUAUACUUUUCAUUUUAUAAAUAAAAUAUAUUUAAAGACUCAA